UGCUAGCUGCUUGAAGAGAUACUGUUCCUGCCGUCCCGACUGGCUUCACAACCCUCACAGAACAAGUCACCGAACACCCAACCUUGUGAAAGUUGAAAUACGUUUAAACAAGAUGUGGCGUACACUUCUUUUAGUGACUAUGGUGGUAGGCGCAUGUCAUGGGCAUGGUCGCCUAAUGGAUCCUGUUUCGAGAGCUUCAGCCUGGCGCUUGGGCUGGCCAACACCCAUCGAUUACAACGAUAACGAAGGAUUCUGCGGAGGAUUCAAUCACCAGUAUGAAGUUAACGGCGGUAAAUGUGGUAUUUGUGGUGAUUCAUGGGAAGAGGAUCCUCGUCCCCACGAAGCUCCUAAUGGUCUCUACGCCACGGGCACCAUCACAAAGCAAUACACCCAAGGUCAAGUCUUCACGCUCGCUGCAAACAUCACCACUAACCAUCGCGGUCACUUCGAGGUGCGCAUCUGUCCUGAUCCCAAGGUGGAAGCUACAGAGGAAUGCCUUCACCAACACCCACUGCUGUUUGCCGAUGGUUCAGGUUACAAAUACACUAUCGGCCUCCAUAAUGGAAUGCACAAUGUAGACCUUGUACUCCCUCCAGAUGUUGUCUGUGACCACUGUGUACUUCAGGAGGCACUUUAUGGUCUAACAUGACAGCAGUUCAGUGACUGCCUAACCAAUAAAUCACAAGAUUAACCACUUGAAAAUGCUUCACAACAAAGAAGCAAAAUAUUAAGAACUCUGGACAGCUGCGGGAAGCUGGAAACUGGUUCCUGGAACAGACAUGUGGUAUUCCAAAAACUGCAUUCAUGUUGAGCAGUGUCCUGUCUCAGUGUAAAGGUAUUAUGUAGGUGUCUAAUCCUAAGAGAGAGGCAAUAUAAAUAUCCCUUUCAAUUAUUAUUUCCAUUGUUACAGGACUCUCAAAUAAUGCAUCCUAACUGAGUAAAUCACUUGGUCAUAUUGCAGAAGUCUUGGUCAUACUAUGUAUACACAGUGUGUCCAUUAAUCUAAACUUACAUCAGGAUGAUACCUUGAGUGUUAAUACUCCUGUAAUUUGAAUAAAAUGUUAAUUUUUCAA